AGGAGCUGCUGCCCCGUCCCUUCCGUACAUUCACACAGUCUGAUUUAGCGCACACACAGCGGAACACGGUAAGUAUCUACAGCAGCUUUCCCUUGUGUAAAAACUAGAAAUUAAACGGCUAAUAAUCCAGUUUGUGGCUCCAUUACUUUCAUAACGAGUCUCUGAACGCGUCCUUGUCUCCAACGAGGCACUAAAAUGAGCUCCGAAUGCUUGAGAGUUAAAAUAGCUUAGCUCACAAGCUAACGCCGAGGACUGGAUAGUGAAGCUACCGUCAGCUAAUGACCAACUACCGUGGGGUCGAUUCAAACAGGAUUCAUGUGUUUUAAAAUGGAAUUCUUGCUGUUUUCUGCUAAAAUGGGUUGUUGUCGGCAAAGGUUGAACUCCAACGAGCACCUCUGAAUUAAAAAGUUUCAAGAAAUGAAACCGAUUUUUAAGAGUUAGACCCUAGCGCUAACUGGCUAACUAACUUAUUAGCCCGGUGUUUCGGUGUGAAGAGUGACCGUGAUAACUGGCGACUACUGUCUCAUGCGUCUUUGACCGGCGUCGUUACUGGAGACUCAAAUAACUCUAUUUAUUUUGUUUUAAGUAUGAAUUGAACCAGAUGGGUGAAUUUGUUUUAUUAAUAUGUAAAAUAGACAAAGUGACACUCGCGAGGACUCUAGAUGUGCUGUAACUGAACUGAUCACGGCUGGAAGUCACCAGAUAGAAAGGGUCGCCUUUUUAACCAUAACACCGGUGGUAGCUGAGCUGUAUUUUUAGCCGUUUUGCGAACUCGAAAUGGAAUUUACUGUUUGUUAGAAAAUAACUAAAGUAGAUGUGUGUACUCUUUUUGUUUUACUGUCUACCAGUAAAGUGUUUGUGAGCUGUAUUUGCGCCGCACGGCUCCCUGUAUCUCUCUCAUGCUAACACCCCGAGCUAGCAUUCACGCAAAUGCUACUAGCCUAAUGCUAACAUUUGGGUUGACACGGGGAAAAAGCUACUUUUCUUGUAACAGUUAUGACCGCUCAAACUUGACGUUAAAGUGAUCUUAAAGUGACAUUUAUUUAGUUCUGCUGUUUACUUUGGACGGUGUUUUAAACGGGGUUAACAGUUUGAGUCUGUUGCAUUGGGAAACUAAUAGCCACACCCUUCCUUUCGAAACCAGCAAAGCUACAAGUUGUCACGAGAAAAAGUUAAUUUUUGAUCAAUAUAACGAAGAAUAGCAAAGUACGAGACGUUUAACUCUUAAAGAUAUGGUUUAGUUUGAUAGAUUUGUUAACAGUUUACUAAAAGGGUGUCAUCCAGAAGUGUGUUUGUGUUGUUCUGCUAAGUUUGAACCGACUUGCCCCCUCCUGGCUCUGACACACAUAGGACAGACAACAUGCUGUAUACUGCCUGUUUGGUUGUGUUUAAGUUUAACGUCAUUACCUCACUUAACUGCAAUUUUUAUAUCACCACUGGCUUUGUUAGGUUUAAACAAAUGUGCCUGUUUAUAUCAGCAACAGGUGUUUGAAGACAUAAGUUGACAGUUUUGUUUGUUAUGUAACAUGACGUGACAGCUCACCUCCUGACUCCAUAAAGUAAACCCACACGGAGCUGCUCAAAUUGACUAUAAGAAGUCAUAGACCGUGUGAGUCACUCUCUGAAGAGCCAACAGCUUAUGUUGAAAUGAUUCCCACUGGUUCCUUUUUCUUUCAGCUGUCACUUGUGUGUAUAACUUUUGACCUUUUGAAAAGCCGACUUGAGUGUUUGGUUUGAUUCGGGACUACUUUCUUGAAACAGUUUGGUGCAGUCCGGCUUUCUGGCUCUCUCCAGACUUCGAGCACCAGCCCGCUGACAUCAGAGUACCUGAGGAUCUGCCGGCCCCCCUUCACCCUCUCCCCAGAUGUAGAGGGAGUUGACUUUUGCAACAGCCGUGUACACAGUAGGUCAAUCUAUCUUCUUAUCGUCUCUUUGUAAUACAUUUGCGGUGAAGUGAUCAUAAUGUUGAGACUUGAGAGUGCAUACUGCGUAGUUCUCAUAAGGGAAGUCUUUGGUUUCUUAUCUGUUAAGUUUACAUCUUAAACUCAGAGCAUUUGCCUAAUGCAGCAGGUUUAUGUUGGCAGAACCUUUAGGUGCACCCUUUCACCCUGGUAAUAAUUUCAUUGUCGUGGUCAUGCGUGCCCCCUCUGAUCACCAUUUUCUGUUUGUGUGGUGUACUUGAGUAGAGGAGGGUCAUCACAAUGGCUCUUUGUGGAGGGCCUCGUGUGUGUCUGCCUCACACUGUGGGUUUCUGUUGGUGCUUCAUACGUUGUAGUUGGAAUUGCAAAUGCCGGCCGAGCGUGACAGAGUGGUUUUUGUAUUGUUUGUCGCAACAUUUGACAAAUAUCCCACAGUAGGAUCACUCGAUUCAAAGAGGUUCUUAAAUGAGAUUUCGCUGUGCAUCACCCCCUCUUUGACAUUUAAACAUCAAAUGAGUUCACAUUUGCAUUUCAGAACAGCGUUUAAAACACAGAUCCUUGAAAGCACUCCACACUUGAUGUGCCUCUCUCUCUCUGCAUGUUGCUGAACAGAGAUUUGCUUUAUGAUUGCUAUUUGCUGUAUGUCAUGUGCCAUCUUCUUACUCUGUUUAAAGUUCACAUUAUAUUCAACAUGAGUGGAGUCGCAGUAGAUAGAUAGAUAUACUUUAUUGAUCCCAAACUGGGAAAUUCUCAUGUUACAGCAGCAAAAAAUACAAAAUAAAAUUAAAUAUAAGAAGUAAGUACAAUGCAGACUAAAAAUACUAAAUAUAUACAAUUAAUAUAGACUAAAUAUACUAAAAAUACUAAUAAGCAGUAUCACGUAUGAUGUUGAGUUUUUGGGAUGUACUGCUCAAACUGAUUCGAUAGAUUUGAAAUAAUAAAUGUGAGCGAACGCUUUUUGUUGUAUAUUCAAUCUGAACAAAAGCAUCCGAUUUUGCAUGAACUACUGCCACUGUAACAUCCAAUAGCAAAGUAAAGCUUAUUCUCAGAGCACAAAAAACAACAACAACAAAAAAAAUCAGUGAGUUGAUGAAAAAAGAGAAAAAUUCUGGAAAGUGUUGGUCCGUAUUCAUCCAGCAAACUUAGCGGGCUGUCUUAGGUGUCUUCUGAAAGUGUCAUCAGAGUUGAAUAAAACCUGCAAAAAGAUACCAGACAUGAUAAAGAGUUGACUCUAAAAAUAAACCACCUUCAUUAUUUCUCAAUGGCUUAAUGGUUCAUUCAUAAAAAAUAAUCCCAAAGCUUAACCAAACUAUUCAAGUGUUCGUCAAAGUAUGAUUAAUGUUUUAUUCUUUCUUCAAAUUAUCUUCUCAUCAUCCCGAACAUGUUCAUGCCUGUGAAUCGUCCCUGGCUGCUAUUUUUUUUCUAGGCCACCUCCGCCGUCUAAUCUGUGUCAGGCUGAUGGAGCCGAUGAUAGGUCAUUCUCUGUGGCCUUUCUUCUCUGAAUCAUAAUGAGAUGAAGUUAUUUAGGGCACUCAAAUGAUUACCUCUGACUGCUCCUUUAUUUUCAGGGUCUAUUGUGAGUUUACAGCUCAAAAUGCAUCUUAUGGGUCCAAUUAUGCAAAUACAUUUGACCAUAAAAUCACUUAAUUAUUCUUUGAUCCAAGUCGAACUGAACUCUGCUCUGAGUGUGUGCAGUGAAGGAGUCGGCCGAUGUUUUCUUUUCGCUGCACUUUUUUGUGUAUUUUUUGAAGGCGACGCCCCUAUUGUCAUGACAGCUGGAGUCCCUUGGUAGUGGGUGGGGAAGGGAGCUCAUUUUUUUGGCAGAGGAACCACGUUAUAAUGUUGUGAUGUCAUGAGUGAUUUUUCAUUAUUGUGGUUACUGUACCGACAGGGUGUUCACACUGACAUCAGCUGAGCCAACAUUACUUCAGUUACUGUUCGCUGAAUGACCAAGUCAGAGAACACGCUACUCUAUGAGGAGUCACACCAUCUUUAAAGUUCUGCUCAGCACUAGAAGUUAAAGCUUAUUUUACGCUUAAGUGGGGCUGUAUGUUUUCUUUUUUUUCCCUAUAGCUGAUAAAGACACAAAGAUCCUCUGUCUCACUUCCUCUGUCCUUUCACAGACCUCUGUGCUGUCCAGUGAAGUUGCCCACCAUGCGUGAGUACAAGCUAGUGGUGCUGGGAUCAGGAGGCGUGGGAAAAUCCGCACUGGUGAGUGACGGCUGCUGCCAAGGCUGGCACUGAGCGGCAGUCGCAACUAUUUCUACAUGUUUGUUCAGGUUUGAUUCUGAUAUGGGUUGCUAUAGGUGAGGUUUGGAUUUUUGUAAUGAUUGAUUGUACUUGAGUGUACUUUUUAUCUAAACCCCUGUUUUAAUGAAUAGUUGAUAGCAAUACAGGACUAUUGUUCUGCAGAUUAAACACUUGUAGGUAUUUCAAGAGGCAACAAUAGAUAAAGGAGAGUGGGAGGAAUAAAGAAGAGUGACUCAUGGGCUGUCCGGCUUCAAGAACACAAAUGUUCCUUGUUGAUAAAUCAAAAACGCUUCCAGCCAGAGAUGUUUAUCAUGAAUGUUUGAAUCUGUGCAUUUAUCAUAUGUGUCCGUGUUUCCCUGUGCUUCAUUUCUCUAUUUCAGACAGUCCAAUUUGUGCAAGGCAUUUUUGUGGAGAAGUAUGACCCCACAAUAGAAGACUCCUACAGAAAGGUGAGCUCACAAAGAGACUCGACACUUCCUGUGUCCCUCCUGCACCUUGACUAAUCAGUCCAAUGAUUUACUGCCUGUCUUUGAAAACACUAACUUGUUUGUUUCUCCAUCAGCAAGUGGAGGUGGAUGGGCAGCAGUGUAUGCUUGAAAUCCUGGACACAGCUGGAACAGUAAGUCGAGUCAGAGAUGGUUUUCAGACAAAGAGGUCUUAUAUGACAAAUGCAAACAGGCUGCUGAUGGUUCGCACCUGUGUUCUCGUUUCUAUAGGAACAGUUCACAGCUAUGAGGGACCUGUACAUGAAGAACGGACAAGGCUUUGCUCUGGUGUACUCCAUCACAGCACAGUCGACAUUUAACGACCUACAGGACCUCCGGGAACAGAUCCUGCGAGUAAAGGACACAGAGGACGUGAGUGUCAUACGUUGUCAUUUACAUUUUACAGUCGAAGAGGGGGAUAUUUUCAGAGCUGCACUUUCUCAGUCGUCAAAGGAAGAUACUGGCAAUAGCAAAUGAAUGUUUGAGAUGUGUUCAUCAAACACGAGUCUUUGAACUACCCAGUGUUCAGCUGUUCAAUAUUUUGAAAGCCUUGGCUGUACUCUGUCAGAUUCUGGACAUAUAAUAUUUAAGGUUAUGAGAGUGUUUUUAGCAUGAGUCAAACCGCUGUUCUGCAUUCAGGUACCAAGCUAACCUUAGAAGCUGAAGCAGCUGACCACAGGUUGUUACCUUACAGCGACCUGUCGAGGCUGACUGUGGACAUUAUCUUUCUCUCUGUUCGACUGUGUUUAAGAGCUGCUCUUAGCUUUAAAGACUUGGUCAUCUUUGUGUCCUGUGUCCCUUCUUUGCCGAAGAAUGACCCGACUAUCAUCAACCAUGAUACUUAAAGAUGAUUCUCUCUCCUGUCUGUCUUCAGAUAUUUUAUUUCCUGCCAGUAGAAGAGUGUGAGAAAUGUCAACAAAUACCUAACAAUUCACACUCUCGCAUGAAAAAUUUAUUCUGACAUGUGAAGUGAUUGAUUGUCUCCACCUGUCAAGAACACUUUGUUCUUAAAUUGAAAUGAGGAAGAAGGAUAAACAGGCAAGAAUAAGGACGUGAGGUGAUGUUGACAAGCGCCGUAUUGUGAUAGCUUGGUGACUGUGUCAGAGUAUCUCUAAAACUGUAGCUGGGGUUUCUGGUCCACAGACAUCGGUACCUAUCAGAAGUGGUGUAAGGUCGGACAACCUGUGAACAGGCGACAGGGUCAAAGCUGGUCUGUGUGAAGAACUAGUGGAGCUCAAACUACGGAAAGUUUAUGAUGGGAAAGUGGAUCGUGCAUAACAGAUUUGCAGUUUGGUCCAGGCACCGGUGUUGACUCUUGACCUCUAUUCAGAAACACUUACAAUAGGGACAUGGGCAAUAAUAGAGGGAGGGGACCUGGAGAGACGCCACAGUCUUGACAUGGCCUCUAAAAUGUCCAGAUCGCGGUUUGAUUCAGUAUCAAUUGAGUGGGUUGUGGUGGAACAACCAAGUCCAGUCUGUGGAGAUCUAACUGAACAUCUUUCAGGAUUUAUAAAAAUGACCACAGGAUGAAAACUGUUUCUUCUAAGGUUUGGCUGUUUUGGCCCUGAUCUGGUGAGAGUGGGGCAGGUACGAGUCUGGAAAUAUUAAAUAAGGACAAAAUUAUAGAAGAGAAAAAAAUAGAUAAGAUUGUAAUUUAGUGCAUUUGGAGCGGAUUGAUUUAAGCAUUUAUGGUUGUAAAAACUCCUGAUUUAGUUCCUCUGACAAAGUUUUUUAUUUACCAUUAGCCUGUGUAACCCGAGUCAUCUCUUCAGCUCGAGAGUUCCUCUCCAGUGAUAACCUUUUGGAGUGAGACUGUAUAAUCUUUCAGUGUCUCCUCGAGGGCUCGUCACUCCCUCAUUAGAGUCCGCUCUGUGGGAGAGAGGGCAGAGCGAGGAGGGGGGCAGGAACUUUGUGACGGGGUGGAAAUGUCAGAGCUGCUGUUAGAUGCUAUCUGCCUCUUUCAGUCUUAGUCUCUUCAUCUCUUAAUUUAGAGGGAGGAUGUUCAGCACGCUGCAUGUCUGCUUUAUUUAUUCAUCGCGUGUGUCUUGAUUGAUCUUUGUGUCUUAUUUGAGGCUUCACUUUAAAAUAUAAGAUCAAAAAACAAUAUGUUGUAUCUGCAGAAGACUCAUUUAAACUCCUGUGUAAGAAUUAAAGUGCUGCUCUGAGUAAGAUGUGGCUUUUACGCUCUCAUCCGUGACAUUUCUGUUAAUCAAUCAGGUUCCCAUGAUCCUGGUGGGAAACAAAUGUGACCUGGAGGACGAGCGUGUGGUUGGCAAGGAGCAGGGUCAGAACCUGGCUCGUCAGUGGUGCAACUGUGCCUUUUUAGAGACUUCAGCUAAAUCAAAGAUCAAUGUUAAUGAGGUAAGUAAUGCAACACAAGAAAACUUCAUGUAACACGCACACCUGAGUGGAAGAAGGCAGGUGUUAAGUCGGGUGAAACUAUUGACCUAGAAAAUAAACAGCACGCAAACUGCAGGGUUUUGAUAUUCCAGAAAAUUUACACUGUGACCAAAAUUGACCUGAGAGUUGAGGCUGUUUUUAUCUAUCCUCUGAAGUUGUGCAAAACCUCAUUAUUUAAAAUCUGUUCUUUAAAGGGGGUUUGAAAAGAAACAGGUGAAAUGUUUUCCAUCGCAAUAUUUUCAUUCAUAAGAAGAGUUUCCUGGUCAAAGCUUCCUCAUUCCAAUGUGCAGAAAUAAUCAGAUUUUAUCAAAGAAAUGAGUCAUACCGCUGAAAUAUUUGAAAGAACGUAGAAAAGAAAUAGUCUGAUGUCAGCCACAUCCUUGAAAGUACUUCUACUAAAAUGACAUUGAAUCAUGUUUUCAUGGAAAAUGGUUCUCAUUCAGGUGAUAAUUGAAAUUUUACUUUUUUACUUUCAUGAGUGUGACAUAGUGAGGUUCAUGAGUGACAUUUUUUCCUGAUCGAUUGAUUGACACCUUUGUAUUUCAUGUUUGGAGGAAAUUGCAUAAAUGGCAGAGGUGACUGUUCACCACAAGAUCUUCUCUAUCUGUUCUUUGCCAAGACGAAAACGUUGACACAUCUGAACUUCCUCUGCUCUAGAUUUUCUAUGAUCUGGUGCGACAGAUCAACAGAAAAACGCCGAUGGAAAAGAAGAAGACAAAAAAGAAGUCAAGUUGCACACUGCUCUAAAAUGCCCUCCCACAGUAGCUCCGGGCCAGGUGAGUGGGUGUCGAAACCAAAUUUAUUCCAGACAUGUGAAGAGCUUCUGCCGCUUCCUGAGCGCUGGAUUGUCACUGAAGGUUUAGAGCUUUAUUGCAGUGAUUAUUCAAGCAAAUUCAUAAAUUUUAAUAGCAUGCACACAUGUUUUGUGUUGCACUUAAAGGGAUGGGCUCAGCAAAUGGAUGUUGAAAGCAACACGGAUAUCCUUGAAGCAUGAUGACUCAUUAAAGCACUUCUGUACGUUUGCGAGUAAAUCUUUGGGGAAGGAAACUGAAUUAAUGAAGCUCUCUCCAGUUUCUCUUUGCCUUGUGGUGCCAUCUCUUAUACAAUCGUGUUUUCAUGUUUCCUUCUUUUUAAUCACAAGAAACACAUUAAAAAGGAACAUCCAUUUUAAGGCUUUAUCUUUUUAAUUGAUUUAUAUUGUGUCUAAUGGGUUUUAUGUAAAUUUUCUAAUUUGGAAGAUUUCCACAAAUGUUGCAGCUCCACCUGCUGUUUGAGGUUUGCAACUGUGUUGGUGCUUCACUGUAAAAAACCUGAUAACAUCUCUUGAUCCCUGAGGGAACUAGAUUUUGUUUUUCCCAUUCUAAAAAGAAAUAUCCUGUUUAUCAGCAUAAAUAGAGCAACAACAAAAAAACAGAAACUAGAAACAAAUACAUGUUGGAAAAACAAAAAAGGAAAUAACAAUUAUGCAACUCUGCUAAGCAAGCUUCUCUAAACUUCUCAAGCGCUGUGAGUUUUUGAAAGGCUACAUUUGAACUGCCUUUUUUAUAUUUCACAUCCAUUAUUUAGCAGUAUCCAGUAAAAACACUUUUGACUCAGCUGCUGUAAUUCACGGUGGCACACCUGGCACUGAAACUAGCUGGAGUUUCUUUUUCGAAAACAGGAUCGAAAAAGGAGAUUUUUAAAUUCAGGCUUCAGUCUCGGUCUUUUUCGCUUCUGCUUUAGUUACUUUUGAAGCUGCUGAUACUUCCUGCCCUUUACAUCUCGCUGUUUUGAAAGGUGGCUGUAGUCAGACUCUCACAGAAACCAAAGAAACACAAACUCCUUUCAGCUACCAAGUUCUAAGUGGUACCUCCAGGCAAGACCAACGUGGCCAGUUGCUCCCACAUCACUUACAUAAGCUUAAGCUCUGUGUUAAACAGAGGCUCAUGAUUCUCAUCAAACAGCUCAUAGUGGACACAUUUAUAUGCUUCUGUACCAGAGAUAGUCGCAGCUAUCAGCAUUAUUUUUGUUUGUCUGCGUUGAAGUCUGUCUUACUCUUACAACUUUGUGGUCAAUAAUGGCUGAAACCUUAAGACUUGAAGCAUUAACUCUGCGAGGCUUGAGGAUUUUAUCCACGUAGUUCAUUUGUGUUAUUUAAUCUACAAAAUCAGACAUCACCCAGUGAAAAAUUUCUUUUUCUUUUCACCCGCCUGUAUCUUUAAAAUGUAUAACACUCAGAUAUAUCUCAUAUCCAACAUCAUAUAGUGAGAGAAAUACAUGUGUAAGCAAACUGUGACCUCACUGUGUGGCAGAGGAAUACAACCAUGAGGCAGUAAUUCUCCUUUAAUAUGUACUGACACUGUUUUUGUCCUGCUUGCAGAAAUGUGUAAUGAUUAACAGUUUCCCAGUGGAUCGUGCCAGCAUUCCAAGUCCUCUCCAGAGUGUUUUGAAAAAGGCUGACAGAGAUUCUCCACCACUCUCAAAAUAGCAGGAGACGGCACAUACUCUCAAGAUCCUUGUCUCUGCUUUUUAAUGGCAAAGAUAUCCAACCUUUUUUUCGUACUGUCAGCCUGGUGACAACUAUGUUUUUGUUUUUUGUUUGGUUUCUUCUUUUCUCUUCUCCAUGGCGUCUUUCUUUUGGAAAUAUCGGUGUAAAAAGAAGAGACCAUGGGUUUAUUCAAUCCAUUUACGGGAACUAAAAUGUUUUAUUCAAAGUAACAUCAGUCUUUGGCAUAUUUGUGACAAUACGUUUGCAAAAGAAACCAUGUGAAAUGUUGGCCUUCUCAUACAUUUCUGCACUAACCGUGUCAACAAAGAUGCAUCAUUGUCCAUAAGUUACUCGCUCCUACUUACCAGGAUGUGUAUUGAUGAGAUAACAUCUUUCCUAAGUGACUUUGUUUUUUAUUGAAAGCUGCAAGCCUUCCAUAUUUCCCAUAAUAUAUUCUACUUCCAUUUUUGCAUAAUAAAGCUAAGGAAAUUAGUAUUUUAUAGACUGAUGGGGAAAAUGGUUCUGAUUUGUGUCUUGAGGCUGAAAAUAUAUUGUACUAAACCAACUCUAAUAUUGCUGUCACAGAUGAUUUUCCAGCUUUUAUGAAUGAUUAAAUUUUAGUACAUUUUCAUUAUUUUUUGGUCCUGUUUCUUCCCUUUUGUAUUUUUGAAAUGUUGUCUAACACCCUUUUACUGUCCUUCAUGUGUUUCCUCCUCAGCAUACAGUGGCUGAACUUGGUAAUAUAUCACUCAAAACUCUAAGUAGCGGGAGGAUCAAUACAUCCAGGAGAGCAUCGACAGGCUUAAAGUGUAACUGUAGUGUUUCCUGUGGACAGAAAUGAAAAGCCAAACCUCCGGUCACUAGAGCUUGAGCCGAGGAGAUUCAGAGCCGAGAGAGGAAGGGGAAGAGAAAGAGGAACCUGAAGGCAGAAUAGAAACUGUGAUCACAAGAUGUAGGCAGGAGAGACUCAGCUAUCCCGGCUCUGUGAAGAUGGUGCGACAUGAAGGCCUCUUUAAAGUGUCGCAACACAUAGCUUGUAUGUACGGUGGCCGAGAAUAGCCACUGCUGCAAAUGUAAAAGAAGCAGCAAUGAAAUUUACCGAUGCAAAAAAAAAUAAAGAAAACGAAGCCCACUGCAAAUUAGAAAGAAGAAACGGUGCAGAUUUAAAAAAAA